AUGGCUGAACAUGUUCCACGGCCCAGUGAGCCUACCAACCCGGUAGUCUUCUUUGACCUUGCCCUCGCUGGUGAGGCUCUUGGGCGGAUUAAAAUGGAGCUCUUUGCCAAUACGACUCCCAAGACGGCAGAGAAUUUCCGGCAGUUCUGCACGGGCGAGAGCAAGAACCCCAAAGGGCAACCUCAAGGCUACAAAGGUAGCAAGUUCCACCGUGUGAUCAAGGAUUUCAUGAUUCAGGGUGGCGAUUUCGUCAAUGGCGAUGGCACGGGCAGCUGCACUAUUUACGGCACCCCCAAGUUUGCAGAUGAGAAUUUUACGCUGCCACAUGACCGCCCAGGUCUUCUGAGUAUGGCGAACUCGGGCCCAAACACCAAUGGCUGCCAAUUCUUUAUCACGACCACCGCGACGCCCUUCUUGAACAACAAACAUGUCGUGUUUGGCCAAGUCAUUGAUGGCAUGGACAUAGUUCGCAUGGUCGAGCAGACUCGGACCACCAGAGACAAGCCGAACCAGGAUGUAACGAUUGUUCAGUGUGGGGAGAUGUAG